GUUUUUAUUGACCGAAAGGAUAUUUAAGUAAAAGCAAGAAAAAUAAUUAUUUGUAUCUCUCUUGCUUAUCACAAUGCUCUUCCUAUCGAAUGUUGAAGUUGUAUAGGGGUCAUUGUUGAUUUUCACGAUGGUUGCUGUAUUUAGAAAUGCUACAGCAGAAGUUUCUAAAGAGUACGAAGCAACAUUUCCUGUGCAUCUCCGUUUUGAAGCUGUGCUUGAUAAAAUCUGCUACGAUGCAAAAGCGAAACUUCUUAAAAUAAACGAAGAUUUUUUCGUAGAAGGAGACUUAGUGAAAUUGCUGAGAGUUCAAGACAUGCUGGUCCAUGUACAAAGUGUAUUUGGAUCCUUGAACAGUCAAACUUCGCCUGUGGAGUGUCCUACACAGAUGGCAAUACCAUUCUCAGCACUAGUUGAGGCUGCCGAAGCCAUAAGCAGAGGUGUAGAAGUAACAAACAAGGAUGAAACCAAUUGUUUAUGGAACAGGGAGCAUGACUAUGUAUCACAGGUCUCUAAAGUUCCAUCCAGUAGUACAAGUGAAGUAUCAUCAAAAGUUCCCUGUAGUACUAGUGAAGUAUCAUCAAAAGUUCCCACUAGUACUAGUGAAGUAUCAUCAAAAGUUCCUUCUAGUGCAAGAGAUGUAACAAUCAGUAAUUGUGAUGUUGACAAAAAGAGUUCAGAACAAGAACAAUUUGAUGAUCAGUGUGAAAUGUUGGAAGAGUACUCUGAUGAUACUAGACAGGAUCUUUGCAAUAUUGAUCAAAACUUGACUGUGAAUCAAGAACCGAUCAGAAUGGCUAAGUCUGAAACCAGCAAUUCUCCUCUAAAGUCUGAAUUUUGUUUACUAAAGGAUAUAACAAUUCAGAAACAUGUAGAAAAAGAGCUAGAAAUUGCAAAUUUGUUCAGUGAGAAAGAAGCAACAGCAAAAUCAUUUCUAUUAAACAGAAAGUUAUCAAAAAGGAAAGUGUCUGAACUUCAAGAUGGCUAUGAAGAUGAGGGAUUAGUUCAUUGUGACACCUGUGGUAAAGUCUUUGUCAAUAUGCGCUACUUGAAAAGUCAUGAACUUACACAUGACCCAGCAAAUCGCACGUGUGAAAUAUGUGGGAAGGUAUAUAUGUUUCCUAAGACGUUACAGGCGCACAUGAAAACACAUGGAGAAGACUAUGUAAAGAAAGUCUACAAAUGUGACCAAAUAGAUUGCAGCAGGUCUUUUACUUCUAAAUACAACCUUGAUGCUCAUCAGAAGUCUGAACACUUCGGUUCAAGAGAAACAUUUCUAUGUCAGCUGUGCGGUAAAAAAUUCACCACAAAGAAUACCAUGUUGCAGCACAUGAACAUUCAUUUAGGUUUGCGACCAUUUUCUUGUAAAUCGUGCGGAAAGUCUUUUACACAUGAGUCUGUCCUACGGGAUCAUCAGUUGAGUCAUACAAAUACAAAAUUGUUUAUUUGCAACUAUCCAGAUUGCGCCAAAACGUUCACUCAUCGUUCAUCUUUGAAGACUCACAAGGCCAUUCACAAAGAUACUAAAGACUUUGUUUGUGAUCAAUGUGGAAAAGGGUUUACACAGAAGCAAGCAUUAAUAAGACAUGAGAGAGCUCACAAGGGUGUAAAACCAUUCAAAUGUCGAAUAUGUGGACGCCUGUUUGGUGAUCCCUCUGUAGUAAGACGCCAUCUUCAGUUAAUUCAUAAAGUCUUCAAAGAUGUUGAAUCUUGGAGAGAAGACAUUGAAGAAAUUAAAGUAUUGGACAGCGAGACCAGUCAAGAAAGUACUGCCACUAUUCCUGAGACUAAUAAUGAUGGCUUAGACAAACAACUUACAAAUGAAGCACAACUCUUGUCAACUAAGAACUUGGAAGAAAGAUCAUUGAAAACAAUAUCAGAUUCACAGUACAUGCAGUUUGUUGAUUAUGGUACAGUUAUUGCAAAUGAAGCAAAUGCGACUCAUUCUCUAUUGUCUUUUGAAGGGCUGCAGAAUCUUGAUGGCACACAGAUUGCGUUGCCAGCGCAACAUGAACAAGGAAGUAAAACAAGAGUUCAAUCUGUUCUAAAUUUCCCUGAAUUACAAGCCAUGCUACAAACCAGUCAGUCACAUAUGGAGCCAAGAUUUAUAAAAAGAACUGUCUUGAGAAAACAAGCUAUCUCUGCAUUAAAAACAAAUGAAGAUAUAUUUGCAAUACCAGUCAUAGUUGCAAGUCAAUUCCAAAGUAACUUGGAUCAGGACAAAAAUGUGCAACUGUUUACUGAAAAUAUUGAUGGGACAUUUUCUAUCAUUUCUGAACCAAACACCUACAGAAAAAGCAGUAAUGACUGCCUGAUUGGUGGAAACACAGGGAUGGAUGUGGCUUUAAAUGCAGAUUUCAUAGUAGAUCAGCUGAAACCCGAUGGCACAUUUGCAGAGAAUGAUGCUAUUAGAGAACUACAAGACUCCAAGGAGGCUGACAUUAACUCAGAUUCAUUUCACCAGUUGUAUGCAUUUAACUCUCAGUUCACUGACAUCUCCAAAUGUUAAUGCCAAGCAGUUUUCAAUGGUAUUGAAGAAAAAGAGUCGAAGUAUUAAUUUGAUAUUUUAAUAUUCAUGUAGUAUUCUGCAAUUUUUAUUUAUUUUCGUAAUUUAUUUUGAAAUUGAAAGUUAAUUAAUGAUGAUAGUGAAAUAAACAUGUGAAAGAAAAUAAACCCAAACUGAGGAGAAUAUAAACUGGAAAUAAUUGUGUUAUCGGUAUUUAAGAAAAAUAGUGGUUUGAAAUGGAUAAUAUUCAGAAACAUUGCAAUGCUUUCUAUCAGUAUCUUGGACAAGUUUUGUAACUUAUACUAUCUUUGAAACUUAGCAACUGUAUUUUGAAGUAACUUUUUAAUUUUCCUCCUGGAUCUUGAUCUGGGACGUAAAGAAAAUAUAAUUGUGUACUGUC